AUGGAUCCCGCAACAGUGAUAGCUCUUUGCAAGGAGAACAUUCAGCCAUUAAGAUAUGGACGGAAUGCUACUCAAUUGGGAACUGCAUUGAGGGCGCAGGAGGAUGUAGAUGCACAGCAGUUGUUGCUACAGGAGAAGCAAAUGUAUGAGGAUGCAAUUAAGAAUUACGAAGGAGAUGAUCCGUUAGAGAAUUGGUACGAGUACAUUUUAUGGGUGGAACAGAGUUAUCCGAAAAGUGGACAUGAAUCCCAUAUUGGGAGACUCUUGCAACAAUGUUUAGCGAUAUUUGAAAAAGACGUAAAAUAUCAUCAAGAUCGCAGAUACAUACGUCUAUGGAUUAAUUAUGUAAGUAUGCAAAAGAAUCCUUUGGAAUUAUACCAGCUGUUGCACAGCAGUGGUAUCGGGACUAGAGUAGCCGACAUGUACAGGGCUUGGGCUUUUGAAUUAGAGCAAAUUGAGGACGACAAACGCGCGGAUGAAGUUUACUUAAUGGGACUAUCUGUUCAUGCAGAACCAUUCGAGGAAUUAGGCCAUGCUCACCAAAAUUUUCAAUUUGCUGUGGCGCGCAAAACACUUGGACGUAUCGAAGAAAGAAACGACGUUUCCUUGUUCGAACAACGUCAGGCUUUCAGUUCAUUAAGAGCGAUAAGAGCUGGUAAAAGAGUUGGCAGCAUACGAACAGGUCAUCGUGUACGCGAGUAUUAUCCUGGAACUGUGCCCCAAAUCUCGUCUUCUAUGCAGAACACAAAACCCAAUUCUAAAAUACAAAUAUAUCAAGAUGAUAUGCCUGGAGAAAUGAAAAGUUCAAGCAUAUUAGAUCAUGUACCUAUAGAGGAUAUGGUACAUAAAGAAAACACCAUCAAGCCUGGACCAUGGAAUAGUGGAAGCAAGAGAGGUCCAUUAAUAGCUCCUACUGUAAAAGCGGGUUUUAAGAUUCACGAGGACCAGAAUGAUGACAGUAAUAUGGAGAAAAUUAAAUUAUUUCCAAAUCAUAUACGUUUUUUUGAUGGUAGUAAAUAUCAUGACUGUUUAAGAGUGCCAGUAUAUGUAGCAGAGCCAAUAGAUUCAAAUAUUGUACAAAAACCACAUUAUCCCAAAGAAUUAGUUUAUGCUGAUAAUGUUGAUCGUAGUAUGGAAGAAAUUAGAGCACAACUUUAUUUGGAAAGAAGAGCGCAGUUUCUGAGAAAUAAACAUGAAAUGUCGAUGAUUUGUUUACGUGAAACUAGUGAAGAAUCCCAAUCCCAGCUUAACAAUUAUGAGAACAUGUAUCACGUACAAGAAGAGCAGAAGCUCAAUCAGCAAAGAAGAGAAGCUGAAAUCAAUCAGCAGAGACUUCAAGCCGAACAAGAGUUGCAAAGGCAGCAAUACGAGAGCCAUGUCGGGAAUCAGGUUUUAGAGACUCAACGACAGGAAGUUGAACAAAGAUUAGAAACCGAGAGAAUUGAAGUUGAGAGACUUGAAGUACAACGAAAUAGUCGACCAUUACAAUCGACAAACUUUAUGCACCAGCAUCACACUUCAUCGUUGACUGUUGAUACUGAGGAACAUCUGCUUGGGCAGAGCCUUACUGUAAACACGAAGGAAGCUAUUUCGGUAGUGCAAGGUUUGUGGCAAUCUCCAGAUGCAGCCGCUAAUGCUUCGCGCUUUCGUAGUCCUCCCGUUGCAUCUAGAAUGGUAGAUUCGAGGAAUAAGUUGCCGUUUGAUAUACACAUGGAUAGCUCUAUGACUCAACAUGCAAUGUCUAGUAAUAAGCAUCAUCAAGGAUACAAUGUGCAGGUUUAUAACGAUCAAGAGAAUCAUCAAAGUUAUCAUACACAGCAUCAUAGUUAUUCUCAGGAUCAGCAUGUUGUAUAUGGGAAUCACAGUUUGCAAAAUAGUUAUCAUUAUCAGAUGCAGCAGCAUCAUGAUCAAGUGCAGCAACCACAUUCUCGGCAGCACCAUUCCCAACAUCAGCAUCACCAUCAGCAGUUGAUUCCAUUGCAUCAGCAAAUGCAUGCUGUGCAUCAUCAGUCUCUUCCUCAUCCGCAGCAUUUACAAUCCCCUCAUAACCAAAUGCCGCAUCAUCAACCGCAUAUUCAUCAUCACCAAUCUUCGCACAGUCAUCAUCACCAGUCUCCGCACAAUCAUCACCAUCAGUCUCCACACAAUCAUCAUCAGUCUUCACACAAUCAUCAUCAGUCUUCACACAAUCAUCAUCAGUCUCCACUCAAUCAUCAUCAAUCAACACAUAAUCAUCAUCAGUCUCCACACAAUCAACAUAUUUUACAUUCUCAGCAACCGCAACACGUGCAGCAACACAUGCAACAUAUGCAGCAUCCCAUUUAUGGUAACAUGUUACCUAAUGAUAUCGACUAUCAACAAUAUCCAAUGGAAGCACCUAUGCUGCCUCAGCAAAAUAUAGAAUCACAAAAACAGUUACAUUUCUCUCCUUAUACCGAUCCUGAAAUUGAAACGAGCAAACCAUACAGAAUGCCAUCUGAGUUACCAUACAUUAAAUCACCUGGGAUGAAUCGUAAAGAUAUCAAAUAUCUUGAAAGCGCGGAAGACAAAGAGAAUGCUAUUGUUGUGGAUUAUAAUAGUUCGCUAGAAGAAAAUAUACCCAAACCAGACGAGAAUAAUCUUUAUAUCGAUGAAAGCUUGGGUAUAACUCCUCUCUCAGCUGCUAAUGAGACAUGUUUUACAGAAGCCUUUAAUGCACCAUUAACAAGCUCUACACCAAUGAUUAAUCAUUUUAAACCAUCAUACAGAAUAAAAGAUGAUUCACAAUUUUCAAGUCAGAAUACUGUAUCCCAACCAGUUGCAGAAGCACCUAAUGCCGAAGGCGAUGAUAAAUUAAGCGUGAUAUUAGAAUCUACACGAGAAUAUGUAUCAAGCAGCUCAGGGAGUAGUAAUUACACCAAAACAACUGGAUUAACUUUUGCAUUAACGAGAGAAGAUGUAAUUCCUUUUAAAGAACAACCUGUGGAUACAAUUCUAGAAGAGGAGUCAAACGAAUCUCUAUUAUCUGUGAAUCAACCUUAUGAACAAAGGCAGCAUGCACAGAUCCAGGCAGUGCAUGCUCAAAGUCCGCGUACAGUACAACGGCACGUUGAUCAAAUUACAUCCGAAAUAAAGAAUAAUUGCGAUCUAAGAAAAUCCAUAAAUUUAAAACUUAAUGAAGAGAAUAAUUCAGAAAAAGUUAGCACCAUGGAGUACGAGGAGCAUGAACCUAUGGAACAAAUGGAGGAAGAAUGCUUCGAGCUUCCAUCGAAAGAUAUAAAUCCAUUCGAUAAAAACUUAAUAGCUGGCCUAUUAAAAAAAAUUAAAUUUCCGCAACCUCAUCAUGCAGAUGGAUACAAAAGAAUAGAUACCAAUCUAAAUAAGCUUGUGCCUUCUACCAUGAUUACGCUCGACACUGAAGCGUAUGAUUUGGAAAAGUGCCUUGGGAAAGGAAUGUAUGGAACAGUUUAUAAAUCAGUUAAUUUGCAAACAGGCGAGACUGUCGCUCUUAAAACGCAAAAACCUGCUUGGGUUUGGGAAUACUAUAUCGUACGAGAAAUAAAAACACGUCUUACAAAUCCACAUAUGUUGCGCGGUUUUAUGGAUGUAACGAUGGCAUAUGUGGCUAAUAAUGGAAGUGUACUAGUUUCAGAAUAUUCUAAAUUUGGAACGUUAUUAGAAGUGACAAAUCAGAUAAAACUUGCCACUGGCAAGCCUCUGAUGGAAACUUUAACUAUUUUCUUCACAAUUGAAAUGCUUCAAAUCGUGGAGUACUUACAUAAAUGCCAAAUAAUACAUGGGGACAUAAAGCCAGAUAAUUUUUUAUUAAUGCGACUACCUACGCAAGAUGUAAGGCCAACUAUACAAUUGAUAGAUUUCGGAUGUAGCAUAGACAUGAAACUAUUCCCAGAAAAUACAACGUUUAUGCAAGUUAUAAAAACGGAAGAUUUUACUUGUAUCGAAAUGCAAACUGGAAGACCAUGGACAUAUCAGACUGAUUUAUAUUGUCUAGCGGCGACCAGUCAUUGUUUACUGUUUGGCAAUUAUAUGAAAGUGUCAAAUAUGGGCGGCCGUUGGUUUAUUGCCUCGAAAUUACCAAGGUACGCUAAGAGAGCUGCGUGGGAACAAUUUUUCAUGGAGCUGUUAAAUAUCGAGUCGUGUGAAAAAAUGCCCGAUCUAGCGAAAUUAAGGAAUAUGAUGGAGGAGACACUGGCACAAAUGCCAGAGGCGCAAGCGAAAUUUCGAACUUUCGUCAAUAUCCUCAACAAACGAUAACGCUUGCUAUAUUUGAUGAUAUGUUCCAAUGUGUGCACAUAUUCAGCAAAGAACCAUCGUGUAAUAAGGAAACAUUAAUGUUAUUAUGCUAUUUAUUAUAAAAAAGUUAAUACUAUAGUAAGAUAAAAAUAUAUGUAUCUACACAGUUAUAAUACAUGAAAAUGCACUUUAUGGCCUGCUUUGUGGUGGCUUUAUCGAUAUAUUCGUUGCUUGCACAUAAUCAACAUUAUUAGGACCACUGUGCAACGACUAAAACCUAUCCAAAAAUUGUUUUAGAAACACAUGAGAUAUGUAAAGAUUUAUACGGUAGAGAUUUUGGAAAUGUACUUGUUUAUCUCUUAAACAACGUAUGCGCUCGCUACGCAAGUUACGAAGAAGUGGUCGUACAGAUCAAGAAAAGCCUCAGAAAAAUUUGAAUCUGUAAAAAUGGAUAGUACAAUAUGCAUGUGAUACAUUAUGUAUUCAAUUUGCAAAAUAGUAUGCAGAAGCGCAUACAUACUGAGUGCUUGAGUACCGUGUAUAGAUAGUUAAUAGUGUAGUAUGGGUGCGUUCCGAAUUACGCACAAAGCGCAUGAUGCAUCAUUUGUCCUUAUUGUUCACCGAAGAAUAAAAAAGGAUAAAAUGAUACCUCAUAUGCUUCAUGCGUAAUUCGGAACGCAUCUAAAAUGUAAUCAUUGUAUAUUUAAAAUAGAUUUUGGCUUUAAGUCAUUUGAUUCUGUAGUCAACGGGUUCAUUUUGUUUUUUAAUAUUCUCCGAAAUGUACGAAAAUAUACCGUAUCAAUGAUGUUAACUGAAAUUAUUUCAAACAUUCUCCCUAAAUAAUAUUACUUAUGCAGAGCAAUGGAAUAAUUUUUUUACAAAAUGGCAUAUGUAUAUUAUACAUACCGAUUCAAUUUUAAUUUGAAUAUGUGCAGGCUUAUUUUCGCGAGUGUCCACCAAACAGGCCUUUUAUGUAGUGUACGCUUAAAUUAAGAUUUCCUAAAUAUAUGCGUAUAUAUAUGAGACACAAUCGACGAAAGUGUU